AAUCGAAAUGUGACUCUACUGACAAUUUAUGCUAACUUUUCAAACAUGCUGUUUUUAGUUAAGGUCAGACAAUUAAGCAUGUCUUAGCUUUGACCUUGACGCAACAUUUUCUUUCGAAUCUCCGACCUUAUUCAUAACAAAGCUAGUCUCUGCUUAACUGAGAGUCUGAUAUAUUAACCAAAAGGAUCAAGGUUCACCCACGAAAACAAUCAUGGCUUUAUCAUCGAGAUUAGGCCCAUUUCUUCGAGCUCAAUUUUGCUCCAGUGGUUCAAUCGGUUUCAGGAUGUCUUCUUGGUCUCCAUCCCUGUUAAACAACAUGAACAGUCGCCAUUUGGGGGCCAAUGAUCCCAUGCCCUCGAUCAAUCCCGAAGUGUACACGGUCUUCAACAUGAGAUUUUGUCCCUAUGCUCAAAGAACAGUCCUCUUUUUACUGGCCAAACAGAUACCAUUUGAAAAUAUCAACAUUGACUUGAAGAAUAAACCAGGCUGGUUCUUGGCCAUCAACCCCUUGGGCAAAGUCCCUACUUUGGUGAAAGGCUCGACCGUCAUUUAUGAAAGUCUGAUUUGCGACGAUUUUCUGGAGGAGGAACAUCCGGAGACCAAAAGGUUACUUGGAGAUUCGCCUGUAGAAAGGGCCAUGGAUAAACUACUCGUUGAGCGAUCUAAAUUUUUCUAUGGACCAUUACACGGAUUGCUCAAGGUACAGACCCAAGAAGACCUCGAAAAAGUGAAGAGCCAAGUUCAAGGUGGCCUCCAGAUUCUUGGCAAUGAAUUGAGAUCCCGAGGAACAAGCUUUUUCGGAGGAUUCUCUCCGGGAAUGGUGGAUUACUCCAUUUGGCCAUGGUUUGAACGUUUCAAUGGAUUUGCUCAAUUGUCUAACAUGGAUCUAAAGGAUUCGACUCUGAAUGGAUGAAUCGAAUGUUCGAGGACGAAGCUGUUCGAUAUUACCGAAUCGAAGAUAAAGACCACGCGGAGUUUUGGCGUGGAUUCGCGCAAGGUCAACAGAACUACGAUAUCAUGUUUGAAAAGGAAAACCCGACUAAAUUAUGAUGAACCUAUUUUUCAUAUUGGUAUAUAUAGUUACGACAUUAAGGCACUUUAAAUACAGUUUUAAGCGUAA